AUGUUAAGGUUUAUUGGAAGGAAUCUGAAUCGUUAUAAUUUUUCAGAAUUACAAAAAUUUGGUAAUUCAUUUCUUGGUGGUUCUAAUGCAGAAUUUUUGGACAAUUUAUUAGAUAGAUGGUCUCAAGACCCAAAUUCUGUUCCAGCAACUUGGGAUGCAUAUUUUAGAUAAGUAUGUGAAUCUAACAAAUUUGAUUUUACACCAGAACCUUAAAAGGGUUAAACAAUCUCAUUUUAAGCAGAUGUAUAGAUGCAUUUAAUUUCUAAGCAAGUAUCAAGUGUUAGAAAAUUGUUAUCAGAUCAUUUUAGAGUGAGAUUAUUAAUCAACAAAUAUAGACAUAGAGGUCAUGAAAAAUCAAUGGUUGAUCCUUUAGAUUUAGAACACAUAUAGCAAAUAGGAAAAGUUAAGGGAUAUACAAAAUUGGAUUAUCGUGAAUAUUUUACAGAAGAAGAUUUAGAUAGAGAAUUUUAUAUUCAUGAUGAAGUAAGUUCAGGUGUAUCCAAAGAAAAAUAACGUAAUGAUUUGAUUAUUUAUGUAGUAAUGAAAUUAAGAGAUUUAAUAAAUUAUUUAGAGAAGGCAUAUUGUGGUAAAAUAUCUUAUGAAUAUAUGCAUAUAUAAUCAACAGAGGAAAGGAAUUGGAUUAGAGAAUAGAUUGAGAAGUUUGAAGAAUUUCUACCUUCAAAGGAGUAAAAAUUGAAGACUUUUGAAAGGUAUAGCAUUAUAUAUAAUAUUAAUUAGACUUGGAUAAGAACAUGCAUUUAGUACAUUUUUACAAAAGAAAUUUAAUACUUCAAAGAGAUUUGGUAUUGAAGGAUGUGAUUCAAUGAUUUCAGGAUUAUAAGCUAUGGUUGAUAGUGCUGCAUAAGCAGGAGUAGAAUAUAUAGUAUUUGGAAUGGCUCAUAGAGGAAGAUUGAAUACUUUGUAUAAUGUUUUUUAAAAAUCAGCAGAAGAAAUUAUGGUUGAAUUUUAAGAUUUAAAAGGAAUAUUUAAUGAAGACAUAUGGGGUAAUUCUGGAGAUGUAAAAUACCAUUUGGGAAGUGUACACAAUGUUAAAUUUGGUGAAAAAAAACUAAGAUUAGAAAUGCUACCAAAUCCUUCACAUUUAGAAACUGUAGAUCCUUGUGUUUAUGGAAAAGUUAGAGCUAUAUAAGAUUAUCAUAAAGAUAAAAAUGGAGACAAGGCAUUUGGAGUAUUAAUUCAUGGAGAUGCUGCAGUUGCUGGUUAAGGCAUUGUAUAUGAGUCAUUACAAAUGGCAGAUUUAGAAGGAUAUAAAUCAGGUGGUAUAAUUCAUAUAGUUUCAAAUAAUUAAAUUGGAUUUACUACAGUACCCAAAGACAGUAGAUCAGGUUUAUAUUGCACAGAUAUUGCUUAUGCUAUUUAAGCACCUGUUAUUCAUGUCAAUGCUGAUGAACCUGAAUUAGUAGAUAAAGUAUUUUAAGUUGCAACACUUUAUAGAACUAAAUUCAAAAGAGAUAUCUUUAUUGAUUUGGUUGGGUAUAGAAGAUAUGGUCAUAAUGAAUAAGAUUAACCUAAAUUUACUUAACCUAUAAUGUAUGAUAAGAUUGAGAAAACUCCACCUGUUUUUAUUAAAUUUGCUGAUAAAUUGAUUGCUUAAGGAAUAGUAACAAAAACAGAAGUAGAUUAAUUGAUGAAGAAACAUGAGGAUAAUCUAGAAGUAGCAUAUCAAAAAUCAAGGAAAAUGGACUAUAAUUUGAAAGAUUGGUAGCCAGUACCUUGGGAAAUGAUAAAAGUGCCAACACUUUGGGGUAGAAUAAAAGAUACUGGAGUUCCAGUUACUAUUUUGAAAUAAAUUGGAGAGAAAAUAAAUACAAUUCCUUCUGAUUUUAAUGCUCAUCCAUAAAUUCGUAAAUUUUAUGAAGAAAGGCUAAAUUGGAUAUAGAAAGAUCAAGGUGUUGAUUUUGCAACAGCUGAAGCUUUAGCAUUUGGAACAUUACUUCAUGAAGGAUUUAAUGUCAGAUUAUCUGGUGAGGAUGUUUAAAGAGCUACAUUUUCUCAUAGACAUGCUGUUAUUCAUGAUUAAAAAAAUCCAAAUGGUCCUUCAUAUGUUCCUUUACAUAAAGUCAUACCAAAAGGUUAAGAAGAUAGAUUAAGCAUUUAUAAUUCUCAUUUAUCAGAAUAUGGAGUAUUGGGAUUUGAAUAUGGAUAUUCUAUUACUAAUCCAAAUACAUUAGUACUUUGGGAAGCUUAGUUUGGUGAUUUUGCUAAUGGAGCAUAAAUUAUUAUUGAUAAUUAUAUUGCAAGUGCUGAAUCUAAAUGGGAUGUUGAUAGUGGAUUAGUUAUGUUAUUACCAAAUGGUAUGGAUGGAUAAGGACCAGAACAUAGUUCAGGAAGAGUUGAAAGAUUUUUAUAAUUAAGUGAUGAUGAUCCUGCUGUUUUUGAAAGAAAUCUAGGAGGUAAUUUAUUAUAAUUAUGUAUCAAGUUCGACUUAAGAGACAAAUGAGAAAUUCAAAUAUGUAAAUUGUUUAAUGUACUACACCUGCUAAUUAUUUCCAUUCUUUAAGAAGAUAGUUAAGAAGAGAUUUCAGAAAACCUCUUAUUGCUAUGACUUCCAAAAGACUUUUAAGACUCUAAGCUGCCAAAUCUAAAUUAAAUGAAUUUUCUGAAUAAGCCAGAUUCUCAUAAAUUUAUGAUGAUCCUUUCCCUGAAUAAAUUAAUGAACCUAAUGAGAUCUAAAGAGUUAUCUUAUGUUCAGGACAAGUUUAUUAUGAUAUUCUUAAAAAAAGAGAGGAUCUAAAAGUUAAAGUAAAAUAUUGUUCUUAUUAAGAAUACUGCUAUUGUGAGAAUUGAAUAAUUAGCACCUUUCCCAUACGAAUUCUUAUANUGAUAAGAUUGAGAAAACUCCACCUGUUUUUAUUAAAUUUGCUGAAAAAUUGAUUGCUUAAGGAAUUGUAACAAAAACAGAAGUAGAUUAAUUGAUGAAAAAACAUGAGGAUAAUCUAGAAGUAGCAUAUCAAAAAUCAAGAAAAAUGGACUAUAAUUUGAAAGAUUGGUAGCCAGUAUCUUGGGAAAUGAUAAAAGUACCAACUCUUUGGGGUAGAAUAAAAGAUACUGGAGUUCCAGUAACUAUUUUGAAAUAAAUUGGAGAGAAAAUAAAUACAAUUCCAUCUGAUUUUAAUGCUCAUCCAUAAAUUCGUAAGUUUUAUGAAGAAAGACUCAAUUGGAUAUAGAAGGAUCAAGGUGUUGAUUUUGCAACAGCUGAAGCUCUAGCAUUUGGAACAUUACUUCAUGAAGGAUUUAAUGUCAGAUUAUCUGGUGAGGAUGUUCAAAGAGCUACCUUUUCUCAUAGACAUGCUGUUAUUCAUGAUUAAAAAAAUCCAAAUGGUCCUUCUUAUGUACCUUUACAUAAAGUUAUACCAAAAGGUCAAGAAGAUAGAUUAAGCAUUUAUAAUUCUCAUUUAUCAGAAUAUGGAGUAUUAGGAUUUGAAUAUGGAUAUUCUAUUACUAAUCCAAAUACAUUAGUACUUUGGGAAGCUUAGUUUGGUGAUUUUGCUAAUGGAGCAUAAAUUAUUAUUGAUAAUUAUAUUGCAAGUGCUGAAUCUAAAUGGGAUGUUGAUAGUGGAUUAGUUAUGUUAUUACCAAAUGGUAUGGAUGGAUAAGGACCAGAACAUAGUUCAGGAAGAGUUGAAAGAUUUUUAUAAUUAAGUGAUGAUGAUCCUGCUGUUUUUGAAAGAAAUCUAGGAGGUAAUUUAUUAUAAUUAUGUAUCAAGUUCGACUUAAGAGACAAAUGAGAAAUUCAAAUAUGUAAAUUGUUUAAUGUACUACACCUGCUAAUUAUUUCCAUUCUUUAAGAAGAUAGUUAAGAAGAGAUUUCAGAAAACCUCUUAUUGCUAUGACUUCCAAAAGACUUUUAAGACUCUAAGCUGCCAAAUCUAAAUUAAAUGAAUUUUCUGAAUAAGCCAGAUUCUCAUAAAUUUAUGAUGAUCCUUUCCCUGAAUAAAUUAAUGAACCUAAUGAGAUCUAAAGAGUUAUCUUAUGUUCAGGACAAGUUUAUUAUGAUAUUCUUAAAAAAAGAGAGGAUCUAAAAGUUAAAGUAAAAUAUUGUUCUUAUUAAGAAUACUGCUAUUGUGAGAAUUGAAUAAUUAGCACCUUUCCCAUACGAAUUCUUAUAAGCUGUUAUAUAAAAAUAUAAGACAGCUCAUUUCGUUUGGGUUUAAGAAGAACAUCAAAAUUAUGGACCUUGGUCAUUUGUUAGGCCAAGAAUUUAAAGUGUUAUCUCAAAAACCUCAGGUUUAUUACAAUAAUAAGUUCAAUAUGUCGGCAGAAAACCAAGUGGAUCACCAGCUACUGGAUUCCAUUAACUUCAUGAAAAAGAAGUCCAAGCCUAUUUAACAAAGGCUUUUGAAUUCUGAUAAAUUGUUAAAAAUUAAAAUAAC